GACCGUAUAACUGCAAAGAUGGAUUCUAUUUCGAAGCACUGGGCAGCUGCAGAAUCAGCUCGUGGUCGCUUACCGGAGUUCUACCAAAACAAAUAUCUUACAAAGAGGGGCGACACGCUCAUAAAGCCCAGCACGCGGGACAUCUACAAGAUUCGCCGUCUCGCAAAAUGUAUGCUCCAUGAAGUUGGACAUUGGACAUCAUCCAAUAAAUUAUGGCAAGCGACCCUGGCGGUCGUCAAAGACACGUGCACAAAGUAUGAGUAUGGACGAUUGAUUCUUUUUCUUGCUUGUAAUCUGCGUUCAUCCUCCCACUCUAUCUCCUUCACCGGCUUCAUUCGGACGUCACUUGAGGAUGCGCUCGCGGGGGCGGGUUUUCCGAGUUACAGAUAUAUUCCUAGUCAACAGCUUGGAUGCGCCACUCGGAAGGCCUUCCCAGAGUUUAUCAAGCUGAAUGAAGUUCACUGCGCGACAGUACUAGAGUAUGACCUGGGCACAUACACGGCCGAGCUAGGCCGGAUGGCGCGCCACCAAGCUGCGAGACGGUUCUUUUAUUUGCACUUUGACAUCCGAGGCUCUAUCAAUAUCAAACCUCGUCGCAACCUCACCGGUAUUGGCGCCGGCUUGCAGACAAAUGCCGAUGUGCUGGCAUAUAUUAUGCAAGUGGGAAAACUCAGCCUGAGAGAUGUUCAACAUCUGUCACACGUGUCGAGGUCUGAGGGCUAUCCUCGUGGAGGAAGCAGAGCACAGAGUUCGAGCAGCAUUCAC